UUAUAAAGUUUGCUGUUUUAACGUCAUUGAAGCCUAGCAAAGACAAGACUGCCCUCUGCUGCACGGUGGACGUAACCACACGUCAUUAUACUUCAGUAUGAAUUUAACCUCGUGAAUGUCACAAAGACCUCCGCGUUCGCGCCAUCUAUCCAUCUAUUUUAUUAUACAGAUAUGUUGGAGUGAAAGUUGUUGAGGUGCCUUCGUGUCGCUGGCCUUUUAAGAGGCUGCGCCCUGUCGCCAUGGUUACAGAAGACCACCGGAAGUCACAGUGUCUUUCAUCGCUAGCACGCUAACAGCUGCUAACCAGCGUUUCCGGGCCAAAAACUGAAAAAGAAAUAUCGCUGCGAUCGUUAUGACGUGAAGAUGAGCGCUGACGACGCGACGAAGGGCGUGGCCUGCACGCUGAAGCCUCCGGUCUUUCUUCACUUGGGAGGCGGAGAUGCCAAAACGCACUCGGGCGUGUGCGUGAUCGACGUCGCCCUCCCCCCGGGGAAAACCGUCAACAUUGAGACCAUCACCUUUAAGAAUUUCUACACCGCGUCGGUCAGCGUGAGGCUGCAGAGGCGGCGUCCCGGCCAGGAGGGGGCGGCGGAGUGGCGCACGGCCCUCGGGGACCGCCCCCUCAUGGUCAACCCGCACACCGAGGCGGGUGCGCAGGACUACUGCAACAUCGACAGGAAGCAGAUGCGAGCGGAGCCCGACGACGUCUGCGCCGUGCGGCUGAUCCUGAAGCAGCCGUCGGCCGCCUGGCGCACCUUCGGCGUGGAGGACGUCCGCAUUUUCCCGCGAACGCAGCCCGAGGCAGACAAGGAGGUCUCGGAUUGGCUGUCGGCCCUCGCCCUGGUGGAGCGACGCCCCCAGGAUCAGGGCCCGGUGGACGCCGCGUCCGUCUCGUGCAGUCUUCAGCAGAUGUGGGCCUUGACCCAAGUGAUGCAGAGCAGCCAGAGCUCCGCGACCUCCGUCGGACGCUUUGACGUGGAUGGCUGUUAUGAUAUCGAUUUAUUAUCUCUGACAUAAAACACAUCUUGGGCGGAAAACUGCUUAGAGCGUCCGCCUCACAGUUGUGAGCACCGAGGUUCAAGUCCCGGCCCCGCCUGUAUGGACUUUGCAUGUGCCCCCCCCCCCCCCACGCGGUGGCUUUUCUCCGCUUUGCUCCCACAUCCCCCAAACAUGCGUUCAUCGGAGACUCCAAAUUGCCCGUCUUUAUGUGCUCUGCCAUUGGCUGGCGACCGCCUCUUGACGCAAGAUAGCCUGGAUGGCUGCCACACUUGUGAGGAUAAGCGUCUGAGAUGAUGGACGAAGAAAUAAAACACACUUUUAACAUAUUUGUUAGAUUCUGCUCAAAAGGAUUAGCGGCCAAAAGGGAGGAAAAACUGGAUGGCCGCGGCUGGCGCGGCGGCACCACCUCAAGACGGAACCCAUCGGGGCCUCUCGGAGUGGUCGGGAUGAUGAAUGGGCCGAGAACGACACCUGCAGGCGAUGGAGCGCGACGGCGGACGCGCGUCUUCCUCUGUACAACUGCUUGAACUGGACCAGAGUGACUGGAAUGAGCGCCACUGGCGAAAGGAUUGCUGCAAACUUGAACUUGUGUUAACUGUGCCGCCGAAAAACAGAAAGCCGAGAAUGUUUUUGCAAACGGCGAGAUAACCGCCACAGCCUGCAAGCGUACGACGCGCCGACAUUGGUCAGCGGAGUCGGAGUCCAACGUGGGACGAACCGACGGUGAGGAAAAAUGAUCUCGUUAGGCUGAUCCGAAGCCCCCUAUGGUCCCUCCUUCAGGGAUCCGAAAGGCCCGACCGACCGAGCUUUUUGCUCUUGUUGUUUUAGUUGGUUUUCGCUUUUGGUCUGGCUCUGCCCUCCAGUUUAUGCCCAGAGGUUACUUUGGCUCUUCCGGUCCCGGUUCCAACUCGUCGGGCCGGUCAGCGCGCCUUCCUCCUCUGGACCUACCCGGUCCGGCUGAAAGUCCUCGCCCUCCCGGAGUCGUCGGAGCCCGAACCUCUGAGGGGAACCCGCCUGCGUGGAUCGCGGUCGACUUUGCGUCUUACUAAAAGUACGGCUCGGUGCCUAUUUGGGAAAACUGAUCCCUGCUCCCCCCACCUCACGUCGUGACUGGGCUCCCUAAGACUGUUCGCCGGUCCUCGUUUCAGUUUAUCGCCUUGAUUGUUGUGUAGAUUCCCUUAUUAGCUCUUAUUAAAAAAAACAUUUCUGGAAUUGUGUUUUUGUUUGACUGAACUCGAAGCCAAAGUUAGCUGGGCCGCGGCUCCCCCCGCGGCCCUCGGAUGGAUUCUGUCUCAUCCUUUUUCCAAAGAGUUUUGCGCAGGAAAGUGACAAAGCAAAACAAGCUGGCGUGUAACGUUGCCGUUCGAAACGAAAGACCUCUUUAGUUCCUCUGCUAAUUGCUACAACGACAACAAAAAGUUUGUUCCCAGCUUUUUUUCGUCCGGUCGGAACCAGCAGUAGGACGAGGGUCGGUUUACACCAGUGAAAUGUCUUCAACAAACAAAAGCUUCACCAAAAUAGCGGUUUCCGAUAACUUUUUGAGAAAAGAUGCGUGUCAAGCCCGACAGCGACUUUGACGCCAAAAUGAGAAUCUGAAUCCGAAUCAGCUGUCAUCAUUUCACAUACUUUGGUCUACCAAACAAUUUUUACCACGCAUAUUCAAACUGUUGGGGUAUCAGGCGCCUGAACUUGUUCCACGCUCGCAUUUCUCCCAUAAUGGACGCGAGGAGCCGAUAUUGAUUGCCUAAUUGUUAUCUUCUACUCAAAAGCUGUGCCGAUCUCCGACCCAAAGCGCUGCAUUGCCGCCAUCUACAGGAAUGUGCUCGUCAUGACUGUUUGACAAACAUUCCAUUUCAUAUAGACAGUCUGGGCGAGACCCUCCUCACGUGUCCCGUUGAUUUGACGAAUUCGGACGCGUCAGUGGCAGCCGACGCUUGGAUUGAUUUAAUUUAUCGAUGGAAUGAAGUU